UCCCACCCUCCUGUCAUCCAGCCCAAACGUCAAAAAAAAAUCAGAUUUUCUCUGUCUGAUUUUGACAUUUAAGAAUCUCAUAAUUUUAAGUAACAUAAAUCAUUAUUUAUUUAUUUAUUAAAUUAUAAAAUAUCUUGUGAUUAAUAUUAAAAAUUAAAAGUAUAAUCGUGUAAUUAAUUUUUAAAUUAGGGUAAAUUAAAAAAUUGAGGUUAUAAUUGUAAAUUUAUAAAUAAAAAUAAAUUAUAAAAUGGGCUCAUUGACAAGUAGACAAAAUGCUGGUGUUGAAGAAGUUGAUAUUGCAUCAAAUCAUGCCUACAAAUAUCCACCAAGAUCAGGAAAUUAUUUUGGAAGUCAUUUUAUAAUGGGUGGUGAACGUUUUGAUACACCACAACCAGAAGCAUAUUUAUUUGGUGAAAAUAGUGAUUUAAAUUUUUUGGGUAAUCGUCCAACACCAUUUCCAUAUCCACCACCACAAGCAAAUGAUCCAACAAAAACAUUAAAAUGUCUUGUUAAUAUUAGAAAAGAAUCAUUACGUUUAGUUAGAUCAACUGAACAACCAUCAUCAUCAUCAUCAGAAUCAAAUGAAACAAUAAAUGCAAUUAAAAAUUAUAAUGAUAAUGAUACAAAAAAUAUAAAUAAAAAAACAAAUAAAUAUAAUAUUGAAUUUACAUUUGAUUGUGAUGUACGUUGUUCAAUAAAAAUAUAUUAUUUUUGUACUGAAGAUAUAACAACAAAAGGUAUAACAUAUUUAUCACGUGAUCCAACAAUAAAUUCAGAUACAUAUUAUUAUAAAAAAGGUACAAAUCAACAAUUUAUACAACACAGUCAUAUUAUUGAGCCUAAAAAAUAUAAUGAUGAUGAUUUAAUAUAUAAUAUUGAUAAAGAAAUAAUACCAGUUGCAAUACAUUGUAUUGCUGAUGAUGGUAAUGAUGAUACAAAACAAUCACAUACAACAAUAGCUAUUAUUGAAAAACAUUCAGAUGAUUUAUAUUUAUUAAAAGCUUUAAAACAAAAAUUAUAUGUUGAUGGUUUAUCAUAUUUAUUACAAGAAAUAUAUGGUAUUGAAAAUAAAAAUAAUGAUAUUAAUAAACAACAAGCAAGUAGUGAUGAUGAUAAUGAUGAUAAUGGUUCUGAAUGUGUUAUAUGUAUGUGUGAUGUUAGAGAUACACUUAUAUUACCAUGUAGACAUUUAUGUUUAUGUUAUGGUUGUGCUGAUAGUUUACGUUAUCAAGCUAAUAAUUGUCCAAUAUGUCGUUCACCAUUUAGAGCAUUAUUACAAAUUAAAGCAUUACAAAAAUUAAAUGGUAAUGGUAUUAAUAAUACAACAUUAUCAUCAUUGCCUGAUGGUACUUGUGAUAAUAUACCAUCUGGAUAUGAAGCUGUGUCAUUGAUUGAAGCAUUAAAUGGACCAUAUACACCUAGAGCAGCUAUAUUACCACCUGAAUCACCAGAUACACCAGACACUGAUACUGCAAGUGCAAUUCAAGCUGUUGAAGUACUCAACAGAUCAUCAGAACGUACACCAGUAUUAAAGCACGUAACUUCAAAAGAUGGUGAAUUAUCAUCAGUAUCAACACGAGUAAGUGGCACAUCACCAUGUCCAACACCAGAAUUUCGUAUGUCUGUAUUAAUGGCAAAACAAGAUCAUCAUUCUCGUACACCAAGUACAAAAAUUAAACAUUCUAGUGAUACAAGCACAUCUAGAGAUAAAAGUACUGCACGUGUUAGAGAUACACUUAGACUGGUCAAUGAAAAACCAUCAUCAACUCAUUAUGAGGCACAAUGUCAAGAUGACGAUAGUGAAGCUGAAAAAUUAUCACCACUACUUGAUUCAACAGAAGAUUCUACAACUCAUAAGCUACAAAAACGUGAUAACAAUGUUGAUGACGAUGAUGAAGAUGAUGAUGAGGAUGAUGAUGAUUUACCAGUAACUGAAAUUGACAGUGAUUUAAAUUGUCAUCCCCAUUGACAAAGGCGUAUCAAUGUCUACACAAAUUUAAUGUCUGAAUCACCAGUACUACGAAAGUUUAAUAAAUAUUAAACAACAUUAAAUAGUUGUGACAUUUAAAAACUAAAACUAGACAUACCAAUAACGAUAUUAAUUAUUUAGCAACUUUUAAAUUAGAAGAAAUUGUUUUUUUUUUUUUUUAUAUAUAAAUAUCCAACAAGCAGCACUCGUUAUUUAUUAUAUCAAAUUUAGAUUUUAUAUAGUUAUUUUAAAUCAACUAAUAGCAACAAUCAUAAUCUUUUUUAUAAAAAUUAACUUAAAAUAAUAAUUAAAUGUUAAAUAAUAAUUUUUUUAAAUUAUUCAUUAUAGAUAGAAAUUUAAAUUUGUACAUUAUAAGCAAUAUUUAUAGUUAAGAAUUUUAAAAAUUAAUUUUUUAAUAUUUAUUAGGGUUAACGUGGGUCAAAAUGGACUAAUAAAAAUAAUAAUAAACACUUGACAAAAUGUACUAGUAUUUUUUAUCAAUAGAAAAUUUAAAAUGUUUCUUUUUGUUAAUUUUUUAAGGUUGAAAGUAAAAGAAAUUUCCAAUUAAUAUUUGUCGAAAUGCCUAAAAAUUAAUCAAAGAAAUUUUAAGCUUUUGUUCCACCCCCUUCCCACCCACCCAUAUUAUAUUUGAAAAAUAAAAAAUUAAUAAAUAUAAAUAAAUAAACAAUAAAAG